AAUAGUAGCUGCUUCCAGUCUGCAGUCCGUGUUAGCGCGUUCUGUGGAGCUAAAUGUUAUUCUAAUUAUUCGUUUGGAUUUUUUUCUGACAAGGACUGCCAGCGGUGACAAUUUUGCACCAACGACAUAAUGACAAGUUAUCAUAAAUGACAUUCCGGUUAUUUUUGUUAAUUAGCUGCACAACAGUUAGCUAACAGUUAGCUAGCUCAACAGAUGUUCUGCAGUAUGGCUGUUUGAUUCAUUUCAACAGGUGUUAGCUACAGGAAGGCAAAGUCUGUCUCAAGAGGUUUCUCAUCGGUAACUAUCCCGAGGAGAGUUGUAAACUAAUAUUCUCUGUUGCGGCUAGUUUAGCUUAACCGUAAUGUCUGUUCAACUCAUCGACGUUCAACUGGGUAGCUGUUAACGUCAGUUGUACGUUAGCUAAAGUUGGUCAAACUUAGUUGUGAGAUGAGCUAACUGUGUGUCAUGCUUAUCGGUCGUGUCCUGUUGAGUCCGAUCAGAUCGACGUGUUCAAAAAUCGUGUGUUUACAGAGGGUUGUUGCCUUCACUGAACUAUCAUUUCGGCUGCAUGCCAUAUCAACCAGUCACUGUUGUAACGUAAGCGCACUGAAGCCAUCUGCACACCGGUCCAGACUUAAGGAACAGUCCUGUCUGUAUAAGCUAUACGUUUGUGAUAUGCAGCAAGCCGAUAUCUCAUCUGGCAAAGAGACCACUGCUAAUGCCUCAGAUGAUGACGAUGAGGAGGAGGAGGGUGGCGGUGAAUGUGUGGUUGUACAGGAGAGUGGGGCAGAAAAUAAGGAGUUGAAGAAUCAGGUGAUGAUUCCAGGUCAGGUGGAUGCAGUCACCAUGGAGGUCCAACAAGACCCUGGAGCCUCCACAGUGUCAGCUCCAGCAGGAUCGAGUGAGAAGAAGAACAAGAGGAAGAUGAGGAGGGAGAAGAGGAAACUGAUGAAGAAACAGCUCAAGUCUGCUGAUACUUCAGACAAUUUCAUGUCAGAGCUUCCAUUUUCUCUGACCAGCCCCUCUACAUGGAAAGAGCUAGGAUUCUCCAGCCCAGAGUCAAUCCAGAAGAGGAAGAGGAAGAGAGGAGACAUUGAAGGGCGAGUGGACAGUGAAGAGGAUGCAGAGAACAAGAAGAAAAAGAAAGAGACCAAGCGACCCAACUACUUUAUCUCCAUCCCCAUCACUAACACACAGAUCAGUUCAACCGUGAUCGCGGUCCAAGAGGCGGUGCUUCAGCAGGAGCGCCGAUUGGCCAAAGCCAUGAUCCCUGUCCCAACUCUCCACAUCACACUAUUAGUCACUCAUCUCGCCAGUCAGGAGCAAGUAGACCUGGCGGCAACCGUUCUGGCUCAGGUCGAGCCGUCAUUGGCUGAGCUGCUGGGUGGGCGGGAUCUGGUGCUGCCCUUCUCAGGGAUCAGUCAUUUCAGGAAGGAGGUGGUGUUUGUUGGGCUGACCCCCGGACAACACAGGCACACACUGGACAGUCUGGCAGAGUUGUUGCGGAGCCGUUUUGAGGAGCAGGGUCUUCUGCAAGAAGGAAAUCGUGGGUUUGAACCCCACCUCACCAUUAUGAAGCUAUCCAGAGUAUCAAAACUACGAUCCCAGGGUAUAAAGCGUGUGGACCCAGCCCUCUACUCCAACUAUACAAACAAGUUUUUUGGAGACCAGACAGUCGAGCGGCUGGAUCUUUGUUCCAUGUUGAAAAAGAAGCAACAAGACGGAUAUUACCACACCGAGACUUCACUACAACUUGAUUUGAACCCACUCCAUGCCAAACGCUCAAGUGGGCGUCGCCGGUCUGAGCCCGAUGAGGCAGAGCUUCUAAGAGUCAGCAGGCGAUUGGUCGAGGAUGCCGUCAAUCGCGCCUUGCAACAGUUCAAACAAGAAACGCUUCAAAACGGGGGCGGGCCUAAUGCCACGGCACUACAGCCCCCUGGAAACACUGAAAACACUGCAACAAAGACGGACACUACAGCUAACUCCACCACAAUCAACAGGAAGUGACCUCAUCGGACUGAGGUACAGAGACUGAUAAAACCAGCUGCCCAGAAAACAUCAGCCAGGCCUGGCCUGCCAGGAGAAGAGUCAGUAAGCCCUGGGCACAAAGCCUGAACCAGCCUACCAGUCAGCCCAGUUUGCUGACUAGCUAACCCAGCUAGCCAACCGCAAACAGCUAGCCAGUCAUGCUAGCUACCUGCCCUACCUACUGACCAAGCCUGACACAGUGCCAAUAUAUAGAUACUGUAGCUUGAGUUCAGUGCUAGGUGACGGUCCCAACAGGCCAGCUGGCUAAGCCUGUCCGUUAACUCACUACAUCCAACAGCAAGGAUAUCGUCCCUCAAUCCUCACUCAGCUGCGUUUGGACGUCAAACUCAAAACUCAGCAAACAUGUGAAGCACUCCUCUAAGACACACAUGCACACGUAGGGUUCACUUUAACCUGUCACUCACAAACUGCCCCUUUUAAGAAUACGAUUAAUCAGGUUUUGUAGACAGUUUGCUUUACUUAUGCAAGUUGUUAGCUCUUUAAAAUAAAAUAACACUCCAACAAUACACUACAAGUUGCCAAGAAAGCAAUUUUACUCCAUUAACGCCAAAACCUCUAUUAAUGACCUGGGUGUUUGUGUGUGGCAGGCUAUUAUUACUAUUACACACAGCAAGUAACUCUGCUUCCUGCCUGAUCAUAUAUAAAUGUCAUUAUUUCUUUGUUCACAUAUUGUCUGUUCUGUUCUGUGAAAUUAAUUUGAAGCAGCAGCAAAAUGCACACAUGCUUCCAAGUGUUUAAUCCAUUCAUACAUGUUUGUGGUGUUUAAGUCUAUAACACAGACUGAAGCCUCGCUGUUUGUGGCUCAGUGUUCAUUUGGAGUAUUUAUGCUGAUCCAUAGAGCUUUUAUUCUGCACGUUAAAUCAUUUACAGCCAAGCAAGUUCUUCAGAUGGUGAUGCUGAUGUCGGGGAGGUUAACUCAGACAAUUACUGCUGUCGGCUGAAAACCCUCCGGCUCUUUAUUUCAGCAUCUCCAUCCAUUUUUUGUUGUUGUUAAACUUGAAAAUGAAAUUGGCCUUUCGUGCUUUGCAUAACCCCCCACCACGGCUCAAUCCAUUCAGAAACACUCAGGCAUCGGUGUGAAAUUAAGGGGGAUUGUCGUUCAUUUUUUUUAAGCUUGACUUCCUGGAGAUGAGGUUUUCGACUGACAGCAAGAUGAUGAUGAUGAUACAGCUAUUCAAAAAGUGAUUUGUUUACCCUCUGACAUUAAAUGUUAUUUUAUCCUUUCUAACUAUUAUUUAUAAUGCUUCGCUGUCCCUGUUAGAGAAAUUAAUUUCAUGUGAAAAGAUGAGAAGCUAUUUCAUUUUGAAAUGAGAAAAAGAGCAUUCAGUUUGCAUUGAAAGGUGGAAAAGCACAAAAUGAUGAAUUUGUUUUUUAAUAGUCAAUAGUUAGGUUUUAGUUUUUAAAGAGCAGGUAAAUAGAUACAUGCUGUUAAAUCCAAUCAACUCUGUAAAAAGUCACUAAAACAAAUCGAUGUUUCUGCAAGUGCUGAAGUAGGUGAGAUUUUGAGCCAUUGUGGGGUGAUUGGGUGAUAAGUCUCUUAAAUGUAAACCUGUUGCUAAAGAUUUGGAUUUUUGAGUUAAUGUAACAAUAAAUUGUCCACCGUGAAACACAGUUCAUCUCAUUUCUAUUAUAAGAUAAAUAUAAUUUCUGAGGAAAAGAGAGACAGUUUACCAGCUCAGAUUUUCAGCCAUGUGAGGUUUAUUACCCUCGAGUGAAAACAGGUGUGAGCUGGAAAAUGUGCUCUCAUCCCUGUGAAAUCCACUUAAGUCCUGUCACUGUGGGCUCAUUCAGACAUCAAUAACAAAAGGUGAAUUCUGUCUUUAGGUGGACUUUGAAAGUUUUUUAGUUUUGAUCUUUAUUGUCACCGGAUCCUUAAUCUCCUUAAAAUCCCCUUUAAUACACAAGUUGUCGUGUGUGUGUGUGUGUGUGUGUGUGUGUGUGUGUGUGUGUGUGUGUGUGUGUGUGUGUGUGUGUGUGUGUGUGUGUGUGUGUGUACACAGUGACCGUAGGAUGUUUGACCAGCAGUUUCCCAGAGAAAUUCUUGUCUAUCAAUUAUGACAACUCAGAGCUGACUGUGUGGGAAAAUCUAUACAUGUUUGUCUUUCCAUUUGUACGUCUGACUGCGUGGUUGUACUGUGUUGUAUAUCUUGUUCUGCCAUAUUUGAACAAUAAAACAGGAUAUGAGAUUCAAAACCAA